AUGGAUACUGGUCCUAAACAGAGACGGCAAAUAAAUCCAAGAUACAAAGCGAACUUGUUAUCCGUACUCACUUUUGGAUGGACGCUCGAAACAUUCAAGUUAGGGUACAGUCGGGAUAUAAAAGAAGAGGACCUCUACGCACCUCUCCCAGAACAUCGAUCCGAUAUUUUAGGUGAUACACUACAAACUGCUUGGGAUCAGGAGGUUAACCACUGCAGAUUACGAAAUAAUGGACGUAAACCAAGUCUUAUGAAAGUACUUAUAAAAGUUUAUGGCGCAGAGCUCAUGCUAUACGGAUUAAUAUUGGCUGCAAUGGAAUUUUUGAUCAGACUACAGCAACCACUAUUUCUUGGCUUACUGCUUCGUUACUACAGUCCAGCUCAAGAUCUGCAAAACAAGACAGCUAAUUCGACUUACAUCUCUCGAUUAUUCAAAUAUUAUGAUAUGUCGAGUGGCAUUGCGUGGGGCGAGGCAGUGUUUUUUUGUUUUGGCGUAAUUUUCUGCAGUAUGGUGAAUGUAAUGGUCCAACAUCCAUUUAUGAUGGGCGUAAUGCAUAUGGGUAUGAAAAUGCGUGUCGGUGUCUGUAGUCUUAUUUUUAGAAAGACCUUGAAAGUAAAUCUUCAAGCAAUGUCUGAAAAUAGAGGAGGCCUUGUCGUAAAUCUAAUGGCAAACGAUGUAAAUCGUUUCGACUCAGGUCCACUUUUUGUACAUUAUCUUUGGAUAGGACCUUUGGAGACUGUGUUAAUGACGAUUUAUUUAUAUCGAGAGAUGGGAAUAUCUGCUGUAUAUGGAGCUUUAAUGAUUAUAGCCGUUGUACCAUUUCAGAUAUUUCUAGGUACACGAACGGCUUACUACAGAAGAAAAACGGCGUUAAAAUCUGACGAAAGAGUUAGAUUGACGGAGGAGAUUGUAAUGGGCAUUGAGGUCAUCAAAAUGUAUACAUGGGAAAAACCUUUCCGCAAAAUUAUUGAUAUUGUAAGAAGACAAGAAGUGUUUUACAUCAAGAUGACUUCCUAUAUACGAGGCGUUGUUAUGUCGUUCAUCAUGUUCACGGCACGAUUCAGUAUUUUUAUCACCGUUUUACUAUAUGUGAUAUAUGUCAAUCGAAUCACAGUGGAAAAUGUAUUUUUUCUUACAUGCUAUUACAAUAUUUUGAAACAGACUAUGACGUUAUUCUUCCCACAAGCCGUAGGUCAAAUUGCCGAAAUGAAUGUAGCUGUGCAGAGAGUUAAUGAUUUUUUACUCACUGAAGAAUCUCAAUUACCACCGAGAGACCAAUUAACAGAUUUAAGUACUUCUAAAACUAGACCAAAGAAACGUGUCACUAUACCACUGGAUCCCGUUCGGCAACCAGGGAAGCGUUCUCCACGAAACGAACCUAGUACGUCAAAAGUUCCAGUUAAAGAUUUAAGCAGAGAUGAAAUAGCUAUAUCAUUUGAUGAAGCUUGCAGUCGUUGGAUAAAAACGUCAGUUAGAAACGACGUUAUAAAUACUAAUUUAAAGAUAUAUAAUGGCUCGUUAACGACGAUAAUUGGAGCAGUGGGUUCAGGUAAAUCUACGUUGCUUCACAUGAUACUCAGUGAGUUACCUUGUUUAACGGGAAGUAUGAACGUUACUGGUAGCGUGAGUUACGCCAGUCAGGACCCUUGGCUGUUUGUUGGGUCAGUUCGCCAAAACAUUCUCUUUGGUCAACCGUUUAUGAGGACACGAUACAUGGAAGUAUGCAGAGUUUGCGCACUCGAAAGAGACAUUUCAUUAUUCCCUCAUGGUGAUAAAACUAUUGUUGGCGAACGAGGGGUAUCUCUUAGUGGUGGACAACGAGCUAGAAUCAACUUGGCGAGAGCAGUUUAUAAAGAGGCUGAUAUUUACUUGCUAGAUGAUCCAUUGUCAGCUGUAGAUACUCAAGUCGCAAGACACAUUUUCGAAAAUUGUAUAAAAAGGUAUCUUGAAAAUAAAACUGUGGUGCUAGUUACACACCAAUUACAAUUCAUUAAAUCCGUUGACCAAAUUGUAAUUAUGGAUAAAGGACGAAUUGUUGCUGAUGGAAAUUAUGACGACUUGAGCAAACGUGAUUUAGUUAUAUUACAAUUGAUGCAAGAUAAAUCGUACGAAUUACGAAAGGAAGACACAGUGUCAGCAAGUAAAUUAAUGCAACCAACAAGCGGCGUGAGCUUAAAACGCUCACAUUGGUCGCAUUGGUCAAUGAUCUUCGAUAUUAUGGAUCAAAAACAGGAGGCAGAGAAGCAAACAGUCGGAAGGGUGCAGGGAUCAGUGUACAAGGAAUACUUCUUGGCACACGCUGCUUGCCCUUUUGUUUCAGUAGUUUUGUUCAUGUUUGUCUUGGCACAAUUUUUCGCGAGUUCCAGUGAUUAUUGGAUAAGUCGAUGGAGCAAUGCAGAGGACCAUUUAACUGGAGAUCAGACUAUGGAUAAUUUGUUGUGGUCGCAGCACGGGUUGAGGAGAAAAGACUUUGCUCUAAUAUUUGGCUUACUGACUAUUGCAACCGUUGUUGUCGCUUUGAUAAGGGCCUUCCUUUUCUUUUCAUUGUGCAUGAAGUCUUCGAUUAAAUUACACGAUCUAAUGUUCGAGUGCAUAUCGCUUUCGCCUAUGAGCUUUUUCCACUCGAAUCCUUCUGGAAGAAUAUUGAAUCGUUUCAGUAAAGAUAUGGGUUCCGUCGAUGAGUUACUACCACAAGCUAUGCUCGAUUGUUUUCAGAUAUUGUUGAACUUGAUUGGUGUUAUCAUAGUAAUUUUAAUGACAGAAGUGGCGCUUCUAAUACCUAUUGCAACGGCACUAAUCAUAUUUUAUAUUUUUCGUUUGAUUUACGUUCGAACCACUGGUGCUAUAAAACGUCUUGAAGGCAUAACACGUAGCCCAGUCUUUGGACACGUUAAUGCAACAAUAUUAGGUCUACCAACAAUCCGAUCGUAUGGGGCUGAAUUACUUCUUGCUCAAGAAUUCGAUCGCCACCAAGACCUACACAGCGCUGCGUGGUACCUUUUCAUCUCUUGCAGCCGAGCUUUUGGAUACUUCCUUGACGUUAUUUGUCUCUUAUUCAUAAUAUGCGUUACUUUCACUUGCUUAAUGAAAACUGAUAUCGAAGGCAGUAAUGUUGGGCUAAUUAUCACUCAAUCAAUUUCAUUAACGGGUAUAUUUCAAUGGGGGAUGCGUCAAUCCGCUGAAAUGGAGAAUCAGAUGACUAGUGUGGAAAGAGUUUUGGAAUACACGAAAUUACCGAAAGAGUCAUCAUUAUCCAAUUCGCCAGAUGAAAAACCUCCAGUCGGAUGGCCCUCUGAAGGUGGAAUACAUUUCAAUAAUCUAAGUCUAAGAUAUACCCCAGAUGGCGCAAACGUUCUUAAUAAAUUGGAAUUUAAUAUAAUGCCACAAGAAAAGAUUGGCAUCGUCGGAAGAACCGGAGCCGGCAAAUCUUCAAUUAUACAGGCUCUGUUCCGAUUAGCAUAUUUAGAAGGAACCAUCAGCAUUGAUUCUAUUGAUAUAACUUCAAUCGGAUUAAAAUAUUUACGACAAAAGAUAUCCAUUAUCCCGCAGGAACCAGUGUUAUUUAGCGGCACCCUCAGGAAAAACCUGGACCCUUUUGAUGAGUAUUCCGAUGAGUUGUUGCUAAAAGCUUUGGAAAAAGUCGAACUAUUAUCAGAUGAAGAAGGCGUUGAAUCCCUUUAUAAGCAAGUUGCGGAUUGUGGAGCAAACUUCAGCGUAGGAGAACGCCAGCUUGUCUGCUUAGCAAGAGCUAUUGUCAAUAAUGACAAAAUACUUUUGCUAGAUGAAGCCACGGCCAACGUGGACGCGCAAACUGACGCCUUGAUACAAACGGCAAUUAGGGAACACUUCAGGACUUGUACGGUGCUCACUGUCGCACAUCGUCUGAACACGGUCAUUGACUCCGACAAGAUCCUUGUACUUGACGCCGGUCACCUAAUGGAGUUUAACCACCCGCAUGUCCUGUUGCAAAACAAAAAGGGCUACUUCAGGAAAAUGGUCGCUGAGACCGGUCCCGCGAUGACCCAGAUGUUGCACAAGCUUGCAGCUGAAAAUUACAAGAAAAUGAAACAAGCUGAUUAAUAUAAAUAUAAUUUUAAUUCUAUAAAAUGUCUUUAAUAACUUAUUACUACAAAUAUAUUAGUUCGAAAGCUAA